AAACGCUGCGAAUUCGGCACAAGCGUCUGGUACCUCGUGGAAAGUGGGCCAUCCCGACACCACCAGCGUCGCCAAAGCUCCGUCACAGAAGCCCCGGCUUUCGUAACAUCACGACUUCAAUCCACGACGCUCAGUCGAACCGAGCCCUUUUACAAAGCCAGAAGCCACAGCCAAAAUGGGUGGCGGUCCGAGAGUCGCAUACCCCAAGCACGUCUGGUCGCCCGCCGGUGGCUGGUACGCCCGACCGUCCAACUGGAGGGCGAACACGGCCGUUAGCCUCGUCGCCAUCGCCGGCGUCACGGCCAUGGUCUGGAAGGUCAGCGCGGACCUCGAGGACCGACCUCGAAUGCCCGAGAAGGGCCGCUUUUACCCGAGCAGAUACUGGAGCAAGCAGGUGAUUGAGCACGAGCGCAGGGAGAGGGAAAAGGAGAGCAAAUCGGGCGAGCAGUCAUCAUAAAAGCACGUGCUCGCAUGCCGGCCCUGCCGUCGCUGCUCUUGGCCCCGUGUACAUAGAUCAGGAUCGGGAUCUCCAGCCACAAACCAUUUCUCUUUUCCCUCUGACCAAGCCUCGAGAAGGGCUCUACCGGCCACCGGAACACAUGCCCCUUGUUGUCUCCCUGUCACAUCGCCAGCUUUUGGCCAAGAGGUAUAGGCAACAAAGAAUGUCUCUCAAGACAAUAGGUAUUCUUUCGCACCACCAGUGUCUCUUUGAAUCUUUUGGCCCACAUUCCCUUGUUUUUGGAAUCAAUGCCUGACUUUCAAAGGCCUCCAUCCAG